AGCAGACGUUGCUGCUCUCCGCCAGCGGACUCCGCUACAGCACAAUGCAGUAUUGAGGCGGCCGGAGAGGCUGCAGCCGCAGCCAGCCCUAGGAGGUGCCGCAGCAGCACCGGGCUCGGCCGUCAUCGGCAGGCGGGCAGUGCCCGGGGCAUCGGGCUAGAGCGGAAGGCAGGAGAAGGCGAGGGAGGAGAGAGCGCCCGUCUGCCAGCCGCGAAGAGGAGAGGAAAAGAGAGGGAAGGAGAGAGUAGAGGGAGCGCCCGGCGGGGCUGGAUGCCCGCUUCUCCACCAUGAGCAUCUGUCCCUGAGCAUCCUCCCUGGCUGGGGCAGGCUGAAGGGCAAGGGAGAGAGCCAUGCGGGCUGCGGGGGCUGCGGCUCUGCUCCCCUGGCUUCUGCUGGGCGUCUCGGGCAUCUUCCCGCUGGCUCUGUGUAGGCUGCCAGGAGACGCCUUGUUGACGGAGCUGGAGAGAAGGAACGAAAACCGCUUUCUGGAGCGAGAGAACAUCGUGCCUCUCCGGCUUAUCUACCGCUCUGGAGGCGAGGACCAAACUCGCCAUGACGUGCUCACCACUCGGAUCCGGGGCACCCCGGCUGGCGGCGGCACCGGCGACGGGCAGUCUACUCACGUUGACCAGGCAAGCUUCCAAGUUGAUGCUUUUGGGUCGACUUUCAUCCUGGAUGUUGUACUCAACCAUGACUUGCUGUCAUCUGAAUACCUGGAGAGACACAUUGACCAUGGAGGAAAGAUUGUGGAAGUUAAAGGAGGAGAACAUUGUUACUACCAUGGUCACAUUAGAGGAUACCCUGAUUCAUUUGUUGCCCUGUCAACAUGCCAUGGACUCCACGGAAUGUUCUAUGAUGGGAACCAUACAUAUCUUAUCGAGCCAGAAGAAAAUGACACCUCCCAGGAGGACUUCCAUUUCCAUUCAGUUUACAAAUCCAAACUGUUUGAAUUUCCCUUGGAUGACCUGCCAUCUGAAUUUCAACAAAUGAACAUCACAUCUCCAAAGUUCGUUGUGAAACCAAGACUAAAAAGAAGUAAAAGGCAGCUUCGUCGUCAUCCACGCAAUGUAGAAGAGGAAACAAAGUAUGUUGAACUGAUGAUAGUGAAUGAUCACCUAAUGUUUAAAAAACAUCGGCUCUCGGUAAUGCAUACAAACACCUAUGCUAAAUCCGUGGUGAACAUGGCAGAUUUAAUCUAUAAGGAACAACUUAAGACAAGGAUAGUGUUGGUUGCCAUGGAAACCUGGGCAGCUGACAACAAGUUCACCAUAUCUGAAAAACCGCUGACGACCCUACGUGAGUUCAUGAAAUAUCGGAAGGAUUUUAUCAAAGAGAAAAGUGAUGCCGUCCACCUUUUCUCGGGAAGUCGAUUUGAGAGUAGCCGAAGUGGGGCGGCUUAUAUUGGUGGGAUUUGCUCGUUGCUGAAAGGAGGAGGAGUGAAUGAAUUUGGGAAAACGGAUUUAAUGGCAGUCACUCUUGCCCAGUCAUUAGCACAUAAUCUUGGUAUUUUCUCAGACAAAAGAAAAUUAGUAAGCGGUGAGUGUAAGUGUGAGGACACGUGGUCUGGAUGCAUAAUGGGAGACACAGGCUAUUACCUCCCAAAAAAGUUCUCUCAGUGCAAUGUCGAUGAGUAUCAUGAUUUCCUAAAUAAUGGAGGUGGUGCCUGUCUCUUCAAUAAACCAUCCAAGUUAUUAGAUCCUCCCGAGUGUGGCAAUGGCUUCAUCGAGACUGGAGAAGAAUGUGACUGUGGCACACUUGCAGAGUGUGCCCGGGAAGGAGCAGAUUGCUGUAAGAAGUGCACCUUGACGGAAGACGCCCAAUGCAGCGAUGGUCUCUGCUGUAAAAAGUGCAAGUUUCAGCCUAUGGGAACUGUAUGCCGGGAAGCAGUGAAUGACUGUGAUAUUCAGGAGACGUGUACAGGAAACUCUAGCCAGUGCGCCCCAAAUAUCCAUAAAAUGGAUGGCUACUCGUGUGAUAAUUUUCAGGGCAUUUGCUUCGGAGGAAGAUGUAAAACCAGGGAUAGACAGUGCAAGUACAUCUGGGGGCAAAAAGUGACUGCUUCUGAUAAAUACUGCUAUGAAAAACUGAAUAUUGAAGGGACCGAGAAAGGCAACUGUGGGAGAGACAAAGACACGUGGAUUCAGUGCAACAAACAGGAUGUACUUUGUGGUUACCUCCUAUGUACCAACAUUGGUAACAUCCCAAGGCUUGGUGAGCUAGAUGGGGAAAUCACAUCCUCUCUAGUCGUGCAGCAGGGAAGGACAUUAAACUGCAGUGGUGGUCAUGUUAAGCUUGAAGAAGAGAUAGACCUUGGCUAUGUUGAAGAUGGGACGCCAUGUGGCCCCGAAAUGAUGUGCCUAGAACGUAGGUGUCUACCUACUGCCUCUUUCAACUUCAGUACCUGCUUGAGUAAAAAAGAAAAUGCCAUUUGUUCAGGAAAUGGGGUUUGCAGUAAUGAAAUAAAAUGUGUCUGUAACAAGCAUUGGAUAGGUGCAGACUGUAAUACUUAUUUACCAUACAGUGAUGGCUCAAAAUCUGAUCUGUCUGGGCCUGGCAAUGGUGUUGCUGGCACAAAUAUCAUAAUAGGGAUAAUUACUGGCACCAUUUUGGUGUUGGCUCUCAUAUUAGGAAUAGCCGCAUGGGGUUACAAAAAUUAUCGAGAACAGAGACAAUUACCCCAGGGAGAUUAUGUAAAAAAGCCUGGAGAUGCCGAUUCUUUUUAUAGCGACAUGCCUCCGGGAGUCAGCACAAACUCAGCAUCUAGUUCUAAGAAGAGGUCUGCUUUUCUGUCGCAUUUUCAGAUUUCUACCUGUUCCAUCCCACAUUAUUCCAUUAGUCAGAACAUUUCAUUAUUUUGCAGCAGGUCAAAUGGACUCUCCCAUUCCUGGAGUGAAAGGAUUCCAGAUACAAAACAUAUUUCAGACAUCUGUGAAAAUGGAAGACCUCGAAGUAACUCAUGGCAGGGUAAUCUAGGAGGCAACAGAAAAAAAGUCAGAGGCAAAAGAUUUAGACCACGAUCGAAUUCGACUGAGUAUUUAAACCCAUGGUUCAAAAGAGAAUAUAAUGUAGCUAAGUGGGUAGAAGAUGUGAAUAAAAACUCUGAAGGACCAUACUUUAGGACUUUGUCUCCUGCCAAGUCUCCUUCUUCCUCUACUGGAUCUAUUGCCUCCAGCAGGAAAUACCCGUAUCCGAUGCCUCCACUUCCUGAUGAGGAGAAGAAGACUAAUCGACAAAGUGCCAGGCUAUGGGAGACAUCCAUUUAAAACCAACUGUUUACAUGUGACACAUUGGAACUGUUUACUUCAACUUUUAUAGAAAUUCAGCCUCACCGAGUCAAUGACACAAACGUAUCUGCUCCUCAGAUGAUAUGAAAUACCCACAGAAAUGCCAAGGAGGAGAAGGAGCUGGAUCUCAUCCCUGGAUCAUUUUUUUUUUCACUGCUGGCUUAGAAUUUUACUCAAACCAUGUAAAGAACACCGGGAAUCAUAUAACAUAACACAGAAUAACAAAUAGUGUGAGUAGGACCAAGGAUAAUCCGCAUGACAGAUAGAUAGACAAAUAGGACUAAGAGUAUUUCACAAAGGUCCUCAGUAUGGCAAGUUUCCCCAGACAGGAAAUGCAGUCCAAAUGAGGCCAAUUGUGGGUCCAGAACUGGGUACCUGAAGCACAUCCUCGCCGUAGACCAUAAUGUUAUGUGCAUGAGCCUUUUUUAAUUUGUUCUUCACAUUUAAGGAAACAACAUACCGUAGUAGAAGACUAGCAUGCAGGGCUAAGACAUAACAGGACUCUUUCUGCCGGACUGUAAGCUAAGAGAGGCUAAUAGCCUACAUACACUUUAAAAAGUACAUCCUUUUUUACUUUUUAUGUUUAUAUUCUCAGUCUAGAAGUACAAAUGUACAUAAGGAAACAUUUCUAAAUGUCAAAAACAGCUGUUACACACAAGUGUAUUUUGCCAAAUGCCUAAACAGUCUCUCACGACUAAUAACCAUGGUUACAGAUCCAAUGGUCUUCUAAGAUGACGAGCAGGUUAAAUUGUAAAUAUAGCAGUCAGUGAUGUAAGUGUGUCUCUCCAACACUAGUGUCUGACCAGAACAUCGGAUGUCCCUUUAAAUUGUGGGCAUCCUGGAGGCUUGGAGUAACUGAUCAAGACAUCGAAAUGCCAAUCAGGGCUUCCUGCCCCCAUUGUUGUGCUAAAGCAGCACAUGACAGCCGGUGCCCUGCAGUGAGGUCCUGUGUUGCUCCCUGACCUAAAGGUUGUCCAAUCAUCCACCUUUUUCUUCCAGCAACAUCUACAAUCUUAACUCUAACAGCUACUGUUUUUCCAUGUAUUUAUCACUGGCAUGUUUGUAUUGCUAGUCAUGAAGAAAAUUUGGAGCCAGGCAACAGGAGGUUACCUGGAAAAAAAAGGAAAUACACCAGACACUGGUCAGACAAUUGGAGAAUACUGCAAGUUUCCAUCCUGGUAGGCUAAUAAAUGAAAUCCGAAGAGGCCAUACACAUGUGUUAUAUCUGCAAGGUUAUAAAAACAGCUGAUGGGAGAAAGCUAAUAUUUUGAACCCUGAAUUUUAUUUUUUGAUUCACAGAAAAAUAGAAAUUCUAAUUUAAAAGACUCCUUCCUCUGAUUCAACUCAGUGGAAGACUAGAAGUUGGUGAUGGUCCCGCUAGGCCUUUCUAAACCAGAGACUUAUUCUAAUGAACUUGCCAAGUGGUGGAAUCAAUCAGAUAGUUGGUCAUGAUUGAUAUGUACUGUGUUUUCUCAAUCAUUUCUUGACCCUUUUCCUUGAGAUGAAUGGACAGAAACAGGCAAGAUUUCAAAGAUGGCCUCUUAAUUUGCUUCUUGUUGUUCAUUUGUUUCAGUUGUGU